GCGCGGGUGCCGCUCUACAUGCCGCCUUGUCUCGCUUCCGCACAACUCGCGCGAUGGAGCCUGGGUGCUGGGUACCGCUCUAGGCGUCAUAUCGGCUCGAUGGCCGGGUGCAUCCGCGCGAUGGAGUCUGGGUGCUGGGUGCUCGGCGGGGAGUUUGAGGACUCUGUGUUCGAGGAGAGGCGGGAGCGGCUGUCUCGGCCGCCGAUGCCCUACGGCGCCAAGCGCUGCGAACCUCAGUGGUUUUAUGAAGAAACAGAGAGCAGUGAUGAUACUGAAGUUCUAACUCUGAAGAAAUUCAGAGGGGACCUGGCCUACAGACAGCAGGAAUAUGAGAAAGCACUGCAGGAAUACUUGAGUAUCUCUGAAAAGCUGUCACCUACCAAUUUUGCCAUGAAAAGGGAUGUCCAGGAAGGCCAGGCUCGGUGCCUGGUUCACCUGGGGAGGCACGUGGAGGCACUGGAGAUUGUUACAAAUUUGGAAAAUAAAGCAACCAACACAGACCAUUUAACUACUGUGCUCUACCUCCAGCUUGCUGUUUGUUCAAGUUUGCAGAACUUGGAGAAGACAAUUUUCUGCCUGCAAAAACUGAUUUCUUUGCAUCCUUUGAAUCCUUGGAUCUGGCACAAACUGGCAAAGGCUUAUCUGAGUCUGGGGCCAGCUCUACCAGCAUCAUGUGCGUCAUCUCGGCAACAGAAACAUUUCUCCUUGAAUGACAAAGCUAUCAAAUCCUCGUUGGGAGAAGACUGUCUUUUGAGUUUGCCUGAAACCUUGCCUGAGAGCUCGGUGUUUUCCACGGGAGCAAAUAGCAGCCAUCGAGGGAAGGUUGAGAAAGCAGAAAAUACUCAGAACUGUCUGUCAGCUGGAAGAGAAGCGAUGUGGGUGGAGGCUCAGAUGACAGCGUGCGCUGCUUUGAUUCGAACCAGGCUUUUGCUUCAGCUCACCCAACCUCAGCAAACAUCAUUUGCUUUGGAGAAGAACUUGAGGACCCAGCAGGAAAUUGCAGAUAAAAUGAAGGGAUUCAGCUUCACAGAAGAUGCUCUGCUGUUGAUAGAGGAGGGUGAUGCCUCCUAGAUGCUGCCAGUAACCACAGGUUGCCUCCUGCCUCACUGUCCAUACAAACUGAACCUGCGCUGUGAGGACCGUGACCUUCUGCUGCCCUGGACACAUGAUAGGAAUUGCUGGCUGUUUCCUGCAGGGCACAUCAGAGCACAGUCCUCCUCCUCACCCCUCCAUCUCCAGCAUGCCUCUGCUCCUUCUACUUGCUCAGAUGGCUGCCCCCUCCCUUCUGGCUUGUCACAGCCACAAAGGAGAUGAAGACUCCAGGGAGCCCAACCAAGGCCUGCCAGGUUACGCGCCCUGGCUGUGGGCCUGGGGACUGUUGUGUGUCCCAGAGCCCAGUAGCACAACUUUAGCCCCUCAGACCCUUCUCUCUAACCUCCUUCCUCCUCACAACCUCUCCCUUCCUCCAGGUCUCAACUCUCAUCUUAUUUUCACUGUAAACAGAGAUCACUAGAAAGGAGAGGGGAGUCCGAGUGCAGAUAUUUGGAACCAACUUCUCUGACCUGACUGCAGCGUAUCGUGUGAGGAAAGACCAGGGCCCAGGUCAGAGGUGGCCUUCAAGCUCAUCCUGAUCCUGCCAAGCAGAUGGAGACAGUGACCUGGGGCCAGACAGAGGUGCAGAGAGAGGUGAGGGGUGAAAAGUCCCACCAGCUGAGCUUCUGUUCUUGGCCUUCGGGGACAUGGACAAUUCUCUCUAGAGUGAGAGGCCAGGAAUGAACUUUUUUUGACUGCUCACAAGCUUCUCAGAAUUCCAUGAUUCAAUACAUAUGAACAGAAACAUGCGUAUUUCUGCACCAUUUGUUACCAACUCUCAUUACAUUUAGAUCUUCUGGAAUUAGAAGACCUUCCUAGGGCGCCUAGAACUAUAGUCACAAAGUCCCUGAAGUGGGACACAAACAAUGGGGGCUUCCUCUCUCUCACCAUGUGGGAGGCUGGAUAGCCAAGGUUAAAGUGUCAGCAGGCCAGUUUCUUCCCAGGAUUCUCUCGUUUGCUGUAGAUAGACGGUUGCCUUCCUCCUGUGUCUUCACAGGGUCUCCCCUCUGUGUGCUCUCUUCUCAGAGGCACUCCAGGCACUUAAAAGAUCCAGGGAAGCCAGGCGUAAUGGCACACU